GGCACCUCGCGGCGUCCGGUGGCGAACAGCAAGAAUCGCGCGAUUUCGCAGCGCGACGACGUUGGUUCGGUUGGGGAGCUGCUCCGUCUCUCCCAUCACACAUACACACUUACCUUCCCUACGUUCGGCGACGGCGGCGGCACGCUUUUGUUCCUCACGACACGCGAGUGCUGCGGGAGAGACGCGGGAGAGACGUGGGAGAGACGCGGGAGAGACGCGUGACGUAGAACACUACGAGCGAGCUAGAAGAAGAAGAAGGAGGGGGCGAAGAAGAAGAAGGUGGAGAGGGAGGCGAGGAAGGAGAAGGCGGCGGAGCCGGGAGAAGGAGUGAGAGGGAACCGCGUCGGGAAGCGGCUGGCACACGCGGUGUGUCGCGAAAAAUGGCGAAGACGUUUCGCGCGGUCGCGGUCUCGGCUCUGUCAAACAAUGGGCAGACCACGCCGAAGUACAACAAGCCGGUCGCGCUCAAUAUCAAUUACGACCCGCAGGGCCUCAGCGUCGAGUUCGUCUCAGAUGUUAACAACAAGGAGAAGACAAGUCUAUUGGAAUUUCCAGUCACUCCCAGUACUGAAUGUUCUCGCGUAUCAUCUCGAAGUUAUGUUUUUACACUUGAUACAGAUAGUUUACUCAUUACAUUUGCUAAUGAAACAGAUUUUCGCAACUUUCAUUCGCACAUAGUAAAACUCAAGAUAGGAAAAGGUAUAUCAGCAUUCAAUGAAAGAACAGAAGAAUCCUCAGCAAUGCAGUAUUUUCAAUUUUAUGGCUAUCUCUCGCAACAACAAAACAUGAUGCAGGAUUACAUUAGGACUAGUACAUACCAGCGAGCAAUUCUUGGCAACUUGUCAGAUUUUAAGGAUAAGGUUGUACUAGAUGUAGGCGCUGGUUCGGGUAUAUUGUCGUUUUUUGCCAUACAAGCCGGUGCGAAAAAGGUGUACGCAGUAGAAGCGAGCAACAUGGCGAACCAUGCCGAGCUGUUAGUCGCAGCUAAUAAUUUAUCGGAUAAAAUAAUAGUCAUAGCCGGAAAGAUAGAAGAGAUCGACUUACCCGAACGUGUGGACUGUAUAGUGAGUGAACCUAUGGGAUACAUGUUGUAUAACGAAAGAAUGCUUGAAACUUAUUUGCAUGCAAAGAAAUGGUUGGCUCCAGGUGGAAGAAUGUUCCCUUCUAGAGGUGAUCUGCACAUCGCACCUUUCUCUGAUGAAAAUCUCUAUAUGGAACAGUUCAAUAAGGCCAAUUUUUGGUAUCAGACAUGUUUCCAUGGAGUAGAUCUCUCUGCUAUGAGAAAUAACGCUAUUAAAGAGUACUUUAGGCAGCCGAUUGUCGAUACUUUUGAUAUUAGAAUAUGUAUGGCGAAAUCUGUGAGGCAUAUAGUAGACUUCCAAACAGCUGAUGAGACUGAUUUACAUAAAAUAGAAAUAGAUGUCGAUUUUCAUAUACUGGAGAGUGGUACUUGCCACGGUCUAGCUUUCUGGUUCGAUGUAGCAUUUAUCGGAUCCACGCAACAAGUCUGGCUGAGUACAGCUCCUACAGAGCCUCUUACUCACUGGUAUCAAGUACGCUGCCUCCUAGAAAAUCCAUUAUUUUGUAAAAGUGGACAACUACUCUCUGGAAAAGUCAUCCUUAUAGCAAAUAAAAGACAAUCCUACGAUGUAACAAUAGAUUUGAAGCUUGAAGGAACGAAUAUGGAAAGCAGUAGCAACACCUUAGACCUGAAAAAUCCUUACUUCCGAUACACAGGCGCCGCGGCGCAGCCACCCCCAGGUUUAAAUAACACCUCGCCUAGUGAAUCUUAUUGGACGACCUUGGACGCGCAAGGUGCUCGACAAGCGGUGAAUAUGGUGAAUGGAAUGUCCGUAAACGGGCUCGGCGAGGUCUCGAUGGACACAAGUGCGACCGUAAAUCCAAAUAAUUUGCUGGCAAUAGGAGGACAACCAAAUAUUCAUCCCGGUUCCAUCUCGAGUACGGGACGAGGUCGUGUAGGAGGUACAGCCACGAGUACACAAGCGGCACAAUUAAUAGGCGGUGGAAUAACUCCAAACAUGUUUACAUCACCCGCUACUCUUGGUGUUACUUUCCAGCAAUCGCUGGUCCUCGGCAACUCUUCUCAUUAUCCAGUGAAUCCCAGCCUGAUGAUCGGUGACUAUGUGACUCCUGGGAACGGUUUGUCGCCGCAGGCGUACCGGCAAUGAUCUAUGGCGAAAUCGUUUCUCGCCGAGUAUUCCCGCAAAACCGUAAAACAGUCGCAAAACGAAAGUCGUAACGAAAGCUGUAGCAGUAUCGGAGACGGCGACGACGGCAACAACAAUAGUAAGCGAAGCCGCAAAUUGGUAUUUAGCUCCCCGGCCAGUAAGCUCCGACUCUCGUCUGCCGUACGGAUUUUCGACCUGGCCAGUUUGAAUCCAGGUCACAAUAAUAACGUCGCUUAUUCGAACAAAAGUAGACACGAGUUUGCGUUUGAUUGGAAUUAUUCCACGAGAAUUAUUCCACGUUGGAAAAGACUGCGAGCCGUCCUCUCGUAGUUGUCAUUAAUUAUAUAAAACCAUAUAGUUGAUUUUUUUGGGCUGUAACAUUUAGUAGUCGUUCAUUCAGGAGAAGAAGAGAAAAAAGAGAGGAUCUUCCAGAUCGACGUGCAUGCUUGCCAAAUAUACCCACGUGAAAAAAAUAUAAUAUUUUUUAAUGACAAUACAGUGUCGUUGCUCUUGUAGUUAUAGGCAUCGCUAUAUAAUAUUUUACGAGAUCUUGACACAAAACACUGUGAAACACGAAUAUAAUUUAUAUAACGAGAAAGGGGGACACUUUGUUUUAAUUUUUGGAAUUGAUGAUGAUGAUGAUGAUGAUGAUAAUUUAUAGACUCGACUAAGUAUUCGAAAGACACAUAGGGGCAUAUUUUACUAAGCUGCGACGUUGGUUGGGUUUCGAUAUCGAGCGAACUUUUACACGAGUUUUUUAGAGUAGGCGAGAAGCGGCGUUUCGAGAGAACCUUUUUGAGAGAGAAGUGCAAAGAGCAAUAAUAAUAAUACAAUUAGGCGUACGUUGUAGAGCACUCUGUGGCAUUACCUGUUAUUAUUCAGCUGUUUCUUCUCGCUCCUGUUUUUUAAUCGACGUGUCUUUAUUAAUUACGUUUAGCAUGACAAUACACUUGAGAAAGUACAACUUUUUAUGAGUAUUAGUUAUAAUAUUACAUUUCAGUCACCCCGUGUAAUAUCCAUAUCGAGAUGUUUUAAUUGUUUGAUAGAGGAAUGUGUGUGCGACAACUACUCCAAUCGAUCGAUUACGUUUUUAUAG